AUGGCUACUGGUUGGUCCUGGGAUCCGGCAGCUGUCUUAGGUCGCGUCGACUCUAACCGACCUCGCACCUCCUUGCCCGCUGGGGACCUGUUCAAACCCAUCCCCACACUGCCACCUCUCAUGGGCCACGACGAUGAAAACCUUGCUCCGCAGGAACUAGCAGAACAAGCCCCCAAGGCGUUUGCGGCACCAUCCUCCGCUGACACGCCCAAGGCUGCCUCUACUGCUGCCAAACGUACCGCUUCUUCCAAGAAGCGCAAGUCAGACGCUGUAGCUGAGCCAACAACUGUGCCUGAAAUAGACGACGAUGAUCCUCGGCUACAGGAGGUGGACCAGACCUGCGGACAAGUCCGUGCCAAGAUCAGGCGCUUCUUAGAUUCCGGCGCCAUGAAGGUGGGCGAAUUCCAAAGCGCUAUCGAUGUUGGUUCCGUCGGUUACCAUCGUUUCAUGAAGCAGAGCGGGCCGGACGCUGGCUCUGGUAGCGACGUAUACUACAAUGCUUGGAAGUUCUUCAAGAAAAGAGAGCUUCAAGGGGUGAAAGCACCCGCGGCCAAGAAGGCCAAACCCACCGUCAAGACUGCGGCCGAGCUCGACGUCGCUGACAUCAAACUCGACGGCGAAGAUGAAGGCGAAGUACCGGUCUUUGAUACCUGCGAUGAAAUCCGCAAGAAGAUCAGGGCGUUCCUGCGCAAGGAUGGCAUCACGAACGCGGCCUACCUGCGGGCGAUCGGCGCAUGCUUCCCGGAGGGACGCAAGAUCCAGUCGAAGCAGCUCAACGACUUCCUCGCCAAGAAGGGCCCGGUCUCUGGCAACACCAGCGCUGUGUUCUACGGCAGCUACGUUUUCCUCGAGAAGCUUCGCGUCAAGCAGGGCAAGCCGAAGAGCGCCAUGCGGGUCGAGAUGGAGAAACUGUACCCUUCCGGCAACAAGUCCGAACGUGAUGAUGGGAAGGCUGGCAUGGACACAAAGAGGAUGCUCGAUGGUCCUAUAUUCCUCCACGCCAGUGAACGGGCACACGUGGAUAAGUACGGCAAAAUGAAAAUCACCACGCGAUAG